AUGCGUUUAGACAUCAAUAUUGGCUGUGAUGACUACGACGGCGGUUGGACCGUCUCGAACAAUCGAGAUCAGGUUGGCGGGCCGACCGAGCCAAAGGGAGCGGUGAGAGACGGACAAAAGGCUGAUCCAACCGAGGGGAUCAUCUCGCUCUCCGCGGUGGCCACUUCGGCCGCGGCCACAAUCCCGCCAUCCUCCGGUACCAGCGGCCAGACUCAGAGACCCCCCGGGCCCUGGGCCCGGAUCGAUAGGAGCGAGUGGAUGCCGACCAAUGGGAGGAGGGAGGCACGAUUCAGACGAGACAAUCUGCACACCCCAACCGACCUAUCACUGACUCGACGUGGUUCACUCUCCUCCUCUCGAUUGUGUCGCGGGCCCACGCACAAGUCUAUGCUCACUCUCGCUCUCUCGCAAUAUCCGUGUCUGUCUGUCUCUCUCUCUUUCCUCUCGCGGCGGCACACUGACGCCCAGUCGUGUCUGACUAAUCGUGCACCCAAGGCCGAGAUGAGAUGA